AUGGAUCAACAAGAAUUAUUUAAUGGUACUAAUAACAAGGAUGAUAUACAAGAAUUGUCGAAACAUUCAAAUUUAGAAUUAAAGAAGAACUCUGGCAAUGUAUACAUUAAUGGCAAUCCACACGACCAUUUAAUUAAUACUUUGGGGGUAUCUAAAAAAUUGGGAUCCUCAGUGUUAAACGAAUUGGAUUCUAGAACAAAUGCUAAAUUUGAGCAGUUAUUCGUGUCUAAUGAUGACCAUACUGAAUCAUUAAUGGAUCUUACAUUUAGUGAACGUUUCAAUAUUGCUCAUAAUUCACAGUUCAAGACUAUGGAAUCUUUAAAUAGUCAUUAUUGUGUUAAAUUUUUAAAUCCUAAUAAUAACGAUGAUAAUGUUAUUGAUGGCAAUAUAUAUAAGACGCCUUUGAAAAAAAAUUUACAAACCGAACAAUUACAAUCCAAUUCAAUUAAAAGAUUGAAGACCACACAAAAUUUAUUGAGUACACCACCACCCAUCUUGGAUAUAACAAGGAGAAUCCGUAGAUUAAGGUUAAGAAAUUCGUUAUCCAACAACAACAACAAUAAUAAUAAUAGUACUGUUAAUACUAGUAGUAACGGUGGUAAUAGUAGAAGUGGUUAUGGAUUACGUAGUAACCAUGAUUCAAGAAGCAUAGUUAAUAGCAAGAUUAAGAAUACGCCAAUAACGAAACCACAAAAACCCUUAGAACCUCCAAGUUUUUUGAGACCUACUAUCACAUCAUUGAAUAAAAUGAAAAGAUCGGAUAAAAUGAAUGAUAUAAAUUCUAAAAUUAGACCACAAAAAAUAAGAAUGCAAAUUGUAUCUAAUAAUACAACUGCUACUAUGUACUCUUCAUUUCAAAAUAAAGAUAAAAAAAUAUUUGGUGAAGAAAAAAGUGGUAGAAGGGUAAAGAGCACAGGAAACACUAUUUCAAAUUCAAGCGAAUCUCUAUCUGUAUUUGAAAGAUUAUAUAAACAAAGCACGGUUUCUAGAUCAGUAUCCAUGAAUAAUGUAACAAGUAAUAAGACUAUUAAAAAGCAUGAAGAUAUGGAUGAAAACAAUAACAAAAUCAUAGGGAAAAAUUCUAAUGGUAGUAAUUCAUCGACAAUUCAAUUUGGUAGAUCUAAAACAACAUCUGGAUUAUCUGAUCAUAUAACGACUAAUAAAAAUUGUAAUAUUUCAUUAAAAACAAGACCAGCAUGGAGAUAA